AUGACACCGAGUUCUACAUGUCAAUGUGUGUAUCCAAUCACAGGAACACUCUUCUUCAGAUCUCCUUCAUUCUCAGGGUUUUUCAACUCCACCAACUUCUUGAAUCUUCAGCAGGGAAUGGUAGAGUUCUUUAAGAAGUUCGGUUAUCCUGUUGACUUGGUGGCUAUCAGAAACAUAAGAGAGGAUACAACUGAUCGUCAGCUUCUAAUAGAUCUCUUGGUCUUCCCAUUGGGAAAAGUUAGUUUUAAUCAAACAGAAAUGGCAAUUCUUGGUUUUGCGUUUAGCAACCAGACUUACAAGCCUCCCAACAUAUUUGGCCCUUACCAAGCCAAUCCUUACGGUUACUUCUCGGGUAUGAUGAAACCGGUCACUCACAAUAUUGGAAGUGGUUCAGAAGUAGGAAGGUCCAAGUCACUAAGCAUCGGCGGUAUCAUCGGAAUAGUAUUGGGUGCUGUUGUGCUGCUGUUGAACAUAAGUGACCAGUCCAUGGCUUCUGGGUCAGCGCAAAUAAAAAACAUAGUUCUAGUGGGGCGUGCAGGCAACGGAAAAAGCGCCACAGGGAACUCACUCAUUAGACAACAAAGGUUCACCUCAGUAACACAAGCAACAGGUGUUACUAUGACAUGUCAGACAUUUAGAGCUGUGACAAAAAGUGGGCCGAUCAUCAAUGUGAUUGACACUCCUGGUCUAUUCGAUUUGAUAACGACACCUGCCUUUAUCAGCAAGGAAAUCGUUAGAUGUCUUGCUCUGGUUGAGGAAGGAUUACAUGCUGUGGUGUUAGUUUUAUCCGCUAGGAAUCGGAUUACGCAAGAGGAAGAGUCCGUGGUUAGUACGUUGCAAAGCCUCUUCGGGAGUAGAAUCCUUGACUAUUUGAUCGUUGUAUUCACUGGUGGUGAUGAGCUAGAAGAAAACAACCAGACAUUGAAAACGUAUUUAUCCACAAGCCCUGAGUUUCUGACGAGAAUUUUCACAUUAAGUGGCAAUAGAAAGGUUUUGUUUAAUAAUAAGACCAAGGAUGAAGACAAGAAGGAUAAGCAAAUCGAGGAGCUUCUCGCCCAUGUUGCAGCAAUUGGAAGGAAAAACGAAGGGAGACCGUUUACGGAAGAGAUGCACCGUCAGAUAAAGGAAGAGACCAAGAAGCUUAAGCAAGAGGAAAAGAAAGCCGAAGCUAGGUAUAGAAAAGAAGUAGAGAAAGAAAGGGAGAGGAAAGAGGAGUUAAGGAUGUCGUUUCAACAUAAGAUGGAUGAAAUGGCAAUGAUGGUGGAGAGAAAAGUAGCAAAUGCUUUGGAAAUACACGAGGCAAUGAUGCGUAUAAUGGAAAAGGUGGCGACAAGGAGAGAACAAGAUCCGAAGCCGUCAUGCAACAUCAUGUAA